AUGUUGCGUAUGCCAUUGAAAUUGAAAUGGGGCAAGAAAAGUGGUCGUUAUGAUUUAAGUCAAGAUGUCUACGUGUUGACCAUAUUCGUGGGCGAUCAUGCAAUCUUGCAAUGUACGCUGACCACAGAGAGUACGGCCAAACAAUGUAUGGAAUACUUAAGUCAAAAAGUUGAUCUUCAUCAGGUGGAAAUGUUCGGAUUUCGUUAUCAAAUGAAAACGAAUGAUCCGGAUAAGCGAAUGAUGCGUUGGGUUGAGUUGGAGAAACCGUUACGGAGACAACUGGAACGGUGGGCUUGUAAACCGAGACAAGUGCAGCUGGCUGUUUUGUACCAUACUCCGAAUGCGUUCACUCUUACCGAUCAAAUGGCGAGGUCUUACUACUUCCUGCUGAUGAAAAUGGACGUGGUCGAAGGACGUCUGACGGUUGCUUUGGAGAAAUACAUCAAUUUGGCUGCUUAUAGUUUACAAGUGGAAUAUGGCGAUUUUGAUCCUUCAAUACAUACGGUCGAUUUCAUGCAAACCAUUCCUUUACUGCCUAAGCAUAUUUGUCGAAGUGCACAAAUUCUUGAGGAUCUGCUAAAGCGCGUCUCGGUGGUGCAUGAACGUCUACGAGGGGUAAAAGCUAUGGUGGAACGAAUAUUUCAGGAUGAGGAUAGCAGUGAGGUGAAGGUUGGCUAUUCUCAGGAAGGUGUAAUCGUAAAAGGAUCGUACGGUGCUCCUUUGAAACAUAAAUGGAAGGAUAUAAAAGAUAUUCAGUGUUCGAAAAGGCAUCUGAAUCUGCGGUGUAAUGAUGGAACUAUCGUUCAAUUUACCAUGGAAGAUGCCGAAAUGUCUCGUUAUGUUGCAAUGGUAUUGAAUUGGCAAUUCCAUUAUGCUACGAAUGAAGCGAUAAUCCAAAGGAAUUGCCCAAUGAAUAUCAACAAUCUUCAAGGUAGCAUUCGAACGUUCAGUCAACAUAUUUUGAAAUCAGCUAAUUUUGAGUACAGUAAUGCCCGUUUGAAUGAUGAGCAUGCAGUGUGUUCAUCGAUGUUCAACAUGUACUCGAUACCAUCAUCCGCACUAGCCGCAACACCAACAACAGCACCAGAUCUGAACAACGCACCGUGCACCUCAACAUCCACUCAGCAACUGCAUGAACUCUGUCGAAAUCCACUGCAGAGUAACAGCGAUGGUCUAGCGAAUAUAGCUGCUUCGAGUGAGCGUAAUCGUUCGAAUACAACAGCCACAACCACCACUGCGACCACACCAUCAACUGCAAGCGCCAGUUUAGCUGGAAGUAGCAACAAUAUGCUAUCAACAAAGCAACAGUUCGGCGGAUUAGUUGAUAUAGAGGCACAAAUGCAACAGCUCAAUGCAUGUUUAGAAGCUGAAAGUAAUGCUGCGAGCUUGAACUGUUUUCCUCAACUUUGUGCAAGUGGUGCGAUAUCGUCGAGCUUGAAUCAGCUCGAGCAAAAUGUUGGAGGAAUAGCGGGCGUUAGAGGAUUGGCGGCCACUGCUAUGCAACAACAAGACGAAAAUACCGAUGCUAAUAAUGGCUACUCGCCACCUUUUUAUCCGCCACCGUAUCAGCAACAACAACAACAACUUCACCAUCAUCAUUAUGCUAACUGCAUUAACAAUGCUGGAGUCGUGGCUGGAGCUGCACCACAUUUGGAUGACAUGAAAACGACGAGAAGACUGAUGAUGAAGGAUGAGACAGCUUGUGUAAAGCAGUGUGCGAAUGCCAUCCAACAACACCAGUUUCACUGCACACAACAACAGUGUGCCAACAACGUUUUGGCUUCGCAAAAGAAACGACGACAUCUGUCAUCAACGGCUCUUACAUCAGGUUCAUCGCCAGAAAUUCGAAUGAUUGGAGUCACUCAACGACGCUACACCCCAUUGGCUGUACACAAACAUUCGGCAAAUUCUAAGCACACUGAUGGCGCCUCUAACCUGGGCAAUCAGAAUCAAAUGAUGGGUAACGGUCAUGCGGUGAGUAGUCCGGAUCUGUUGAGUGCAUCGCAUCGUGCAUCAACCUCAGAGUUGAUAUCAUCGGUGCUAUCGCGAUAUGAACUAGCCGUUGCUGCAUCUCAGCAACAGCUAACCAAUCCACUCUAUUCUCAGCAAAUUGCUUCACUUGCCCAACCGAGCACCAUUCAAGCAUCAUCCACUGUUUGCGGCAAUCGAAAAACGGGUUACGGUGAUGCACCGGCAUCGUUGAAUGGACAAGCGGCAGCGAUGCCAGGCCCAUCAAUGCCUGAAACAUUAUCGCAUCAUUCUCCGGAAUGUUGUUGUUGUUUGUUGACACGGGAGCAUGCAUGCUAUCCUGCAUCGAAACCAACCAGUGGUCCUCAUGCAGCCGUCUCAAUAGAUCGCAUCCCGCAAGCCACAAUCACUACAUCUUCUCCAUCCUAUCAUGCUCAAGCUGGUCAUAUUUACUAUCCACCGGCCUGUGCUUAUCGUCACCAUACCACCCAACAACAAUCCACUACUAAUACGACUAGUAACCAUAGUAAUAAUCGCACAAACAACAGCAACACCAAAACUAGUAGUAAUCCUUUCCCAACACCGUCUACGCAAUCCUCUCAUAAAAACUCCUGUCAAACUAGUCAGCACCACAUUCAACUGAAUGCUCAGAACACUAACAGUGGUCUUGUGACCGUUCCGACAACAAUAUUGGAGGCUGCUCCGACAUCAUCAGCAGCAGUUAUUAUGGCCGGCGAGACCGGUUCAUGUUUACCAUACACGGCGGCAUGCUCAUCAACCUGCCAGCCUCAUCCUUCCGCUACUGCCGACCCUCAAACGUCGGCAUGUGCUUCGAUCAGCACUCAGACUCACUGUCAGCAGUUCUGUCAUUCCCACUGCCAUCUUCAAGGCAUGCUCAUACCGCCUGCAGCAUCCAAUGUUUCGUCGUCACUGUCCUUAUCGGAUCUAUCGGUUUCGUCAAAUCGAAACAAGUUCAUCACUGUACCGACGACGAAUACGGCUAUGAAGCAAGACGGCGGCGCUGAUAGAUUGAAUCCAGCGUAUUCAAGAGACCUGCUACCGCAUAUGGGUCGAAUUGCAUGUGACUGUAACAAUCCCCUGUUGGAAGGGCAUCAUAAGAGUAGAGAUCUAAUAUACGACGAGGAACGUACAAGUGUUAGCAAUAAACGAGUGAGUGAUUCGUCACGAUCCAUAGAUUCCACUCGUUCAAGCAAUAUUCAUCCACCCAGUGAUACCACAGUUUGCUCUACCCUAUCGGCCAUGUCAAGCACGCAGCAACACUCGAUUCUUCCUACAGCUCGGUCAAUGUUACAGUCAAUUUGGCCAUCGCAAGAGGAGAUGCAUAAUGAACGCACUGUGACUGAUGAGGAACGAACAAGUGAGUCGAGACUGAACCGAUUCGAUCGUUUGCAUCAAAACGGUCAUAUCCAUAAUUGUGCACGUCCAGAAAUCAAUAGUAACAAUAAUCAUAAACUAUCGACAUCAGGCAAGGAAUCAACAAUGCCGAAUAACGAUCAAACGUUAUCAUUGUUAAUGGAAAAGUUGCAAAGUGAGGAUAUGUUAGCUGAAGAAUUCACGAUGAUUCCAAACAAACGGAUGUCAGCCGGUGUUUCAACUAGUCAAAAACCGGAAAAUAUGAAACGAAAUCGUACACGAUCGGUGGUACCGUACGAAGACACUCGUAUUAUGUUGAAACCUCAUAAACUCAAUCCGACUGGAUAUAUUAAUGCGUCAAACGUUCAGGUUCUGAUGGGUGAUCGUUUCUUACGCUAUAUUAUCACACAAGCGCCGUUGAACGAAAGCAUCGAGGAUUUCUGGCGAAUGAUUUGGGAAACUGGUGCGCAGAUUAUAGUGAUGCUGUGUGAAGUGGAUGAAUCGAACAGCACCAACAGCACAGUACCUUGUUAUUGGCCAUUAAAGAAGAAGAACAAAAUGCGAUUCAACGAUUACUUACUGACACUUAACUCAACAACGAGCAGUCAUCAUCAGAUCACUUCAAGUAUCACUAUGAAAUGCUUCGGAAGUGGCGAGAAACGCACCAUCUAUCAUUUGAGAUUCAUGGGCUGGAAAGCAGGCUCUGUGCCUGAAAAUGAAGAUGCCUUACUUGACGAGACGACGUGCAUGAGUAAAAUUGCAGGUUUUAUCGAUUCGGUGAACAGCGUAAAACGAUACGUUGAUAACGAACGGCUGAAGGAAUCCGAAUCUGUUGGUACGUCUAGGUCGCAUUCGGCUAUGAAUGGUGCGACGAAAUCGCGAACCAGCAGCAAGGUAAAUCUGAACGAUGUGGCAGCAACUCAUAGUGAGAAUGGCUUUAAGUCUUCUGUCUUUCAGAAGCACCUCUCGAUCACAAAUCUCCUCUUCUCAACGCAUUCGACACUCUCUGACUCGCAAGCAACAUCCUCAAAUCUAUUAUCGAAAUCAACGAUUACGCUAACAGAUUCGACGAAUCCGAAACCCUCAGUGGACUAUUCGAAUAUUUCACCGUUGGUAUUGCACUGUGUUUGCGGUGCGCAUGAAAGCGGUGUUUAUUUAUUGCUUGAGCUUCUUAUGCAUGCCAUUGAACACAACUUGAAAGUGGAUAUCAGCGAUUUGUUGCAUCGGUUACGUCAACAACGAAUGUGUUUAAUCAAAACGGUGGAUCAGUAUCGUUUUGUGCAUUCAGCACUUGUUGCUUACAUACAAAAAUUGCGUUUGAUUUGA